AUGUCAUUAAAAUUAGUAAAACUUGUUUUCAAAUUUGGAAGUUUACUAGCACUUACACCUACCAAGAUAGAAAUAAAUGGGCUUGUGUUUCCUUCAAAAGCAUAUGCACUGCUCUGGAUAAUACUUUUUGGCCUCCUGACAUUGUCAAUUUCAGCUUUUUACAGAAAAGCUUCGUAUGAAAAGUUCACUCCUGUGAUACUCACUAUUCAAGUCGCUACGGACACAGUUUUCUUUAUUCUUAAUAUUUCUACAAUUAUAAUAACAGCCACGAAGAGACAUCAUUGGAACAGGUUUAUCAAUAUUUUGAAAUUUCUUAAAAGUAGCAAUGAAAAGGGAGAUUUAUUUUGGUUUUUACCUUUUCUUUUAACAAAUGUUGUUUUCGUAGUAAUUUUUACGUACUACACUUAUAUUGGGGCUCAAAUAAUGGGUGUCGAUUUCUUUAAAUUGUAUGCAGUGGAAUAUUUUCAAUUUUACGCUCAGUUUAUUGUUUACUAUUUGAUUUAUGAAUUUUUAAAUCUGAUUCUGAAUGGAUUCAAUAGCUUAUCCAAAACUAUGUGCAAAAUUUUGAAGAUGCGAUCUAACCGAUUACACAAAUUGUCUUUCAAAAGACUGAAGAGCGAUUUUUGUGCAUUAGCAGAAUGUGUAGAAAUUUUCAACAACACUUUUGGCUGGCUUCUUUUACUUUCGAUGGGAUUCACUACUCUUGAAAUAUUGAGAUCUAUGCAGUAUUUAAUCUCCGGAAAACGAAAAUCAGUUCCGAUAAUUAUAUACCGAAUAAUGUUUAUUACAUGGCAUUUGAUCGGAACACUUAAUGGUGUUUUCAUCUGUGAUUUAACAGAGCAAAGAGUUAAAGUAAUGCGAAUGGUAGCCUAUCAAAUUGUAGCAAAUUUUGAUGGAGAUAGAGAAGUUGAAGAAAUAAAAAAGCUAAUAAAUGUAAUAAACGACAAUUUUCCUCACUUUACAGCUGCUAGAUAUUUCGACCUAAAUCGAAAAACGAUUCUUGGCGUUCUUAAUGCUUUUUUUACGUUUUUAAUUGUUGCGAUUCAAUUUGAAGACUUGUACAAUUAA